AUGUUUGGAAGCAGUGGCUCUCCUCCAAAAGAAGGCGUUCCAGCGCCCCAGGCAGAGAACGUCGUUCCCAUCACCAUGGCCGCCCCAAAGACCCCCAAGACCCCGAAUACCCCGAAAGCCGCGGAGGACAGUGGGACGGGCGAGAAGCGCAGUGGUAACGGCAGCCCUCCCGGCCGUCAAGCUGCAGAUACAGGCGCCACGGUCGAGAAGAAGCGUCGGAGUAGUGGAGUGGGAGGAAAGGCCAGCUCGCUGUUAGCCAGCGCCAAGAACACUCUACACUUCGAUAAGAGCCCAAACUCGGCUGGAUUCCUGAAGGCCGCCGAAGUCACUUCUCAGACCCCUCUUCAGAAGCUCGGAAAGCAAGAUCCAGCACUCAGUGUUCCCCAGGGCCAGCACAACAACUCGGCCGGCGAGUCUCUUCCAGGUCCGAAAUCCACCUUCACGGUAGGCGUUUGGGAGGACAAGAAUAAGAAAUGCCGUCGCACUAUGGAGGACACGCAUGCGUUCCUGUACAAUUUCUUACAUACUCCGGCUCCCGCUCUGGGACCAGAGACUUCGAGCAUCAAGUCAAAGUCAAACGAGGAGCUGGCACCCGGCGAGUCGACACCUACUCUUAGUCCCUCGGUCUCGUCCCCGGAGAUGAUGGAGACUGACAAUGGCUAUUUUGCUAUCUUUGACGGUCAUGCCGGUAGCUUUGCAGCUGAUUGGUGCGGUAAGAAGCUCCAUAUCAUUCUGGAGGAGACGAUACGCAAAAACCCGAAUACUCCCAUCCCCGAGCUUCUCGACCAGACCUUCACAAUCGUUGAUGCUCAGCUGGAAAAGCUCCCCCUCAAGAACAGUGGCUGUACCGCUGUCACGGCUGUCCUUCGCUGGGAAGACCGGAUACCAAACUCUCAGUCCGCUACCGGAUCGUCAGCCAUCGCACCUGCAACCGCUGCCGAAGUUCGCGCUCAAAAUGACGCUUCCAAGGGCGACGACAAGUCUGGGGACAGUGCGGUAGACAUGAGCAAAUCAGCAACUCACGUGACCGCCAGUGCCUCGGCUCCAAACAGCGAAGCAACACAUGCGAGACUCCGAACAACCGCGUCUCGUCAGCGAGUUCUCUACACUGCGAAUGUUGGUGAUGCCCGGAUUAUUCUCUGCAGAAACGGCAAGGCUCUGCGAUUGUCGUAUGAUCACAAGGGCAGUGACGAGAAUGAAGGAAAGCGGGUUGCCAAUGCCGGAGGUCUGAUCUUAAACAACCGUGUCAAUGGUGUUCUGGCUGUUACUCGUGCCCUGGGAGAUUCGUACAUGAAAGAUCUCGUGACUGGUCACCCCUAUACCACGGAAACCGUUAUUCAACCUGAUCUCGAUGAGUUCAUCAUUCUUGCGUGCGACGGGUUGUGGGACGUCUGCUCCGAUCAAGAGGCUGUAGACCUUAUUCGCAACCAACAAGAUCCCGUUGCUGCGGCUAAACAGCUCGUCGACCACGCCCUCGCUCGCUUUAGCACCGACAAUCUCUCUUGCAUGGUCGUCCGCCUCAACAAAUCUGCCCUCAUGACGACUACCAAGGAACCUUCGUCUGCGAUCGGCGUCGAAGGUGAUCCAAACUCAAUCGCAGGCAAGAUUUCCGAGUCGGAAAAGAUCGUUGGUGAUGCGAAGAGGAAGGCACUAGAGGAAGGUGUUCCCGGCGUUGGAGUAAGCGGUAGCAAUAGCGGCAAAGGUCACGACCCAGUUCCAAUCCCCGAUGAAGAUGCUCGAAAAACCAUGGAGAAGGUCGUUGAGGAGGAGCCCAGUCUAGUCGAAGGCGGUGCUCCAGAGCUGAAUCUGCGCGCUGAGGCUGUGAGUGACGAGACGGUGAAGAACUUGAAGUUGCCAGAAGGAGCUCUGAAGUGA